AACUCUACCUGAUGGGGCGGGGACUAAGUCACCCACGGAGUGCAGUCACUGCCACAUCAGAUGCCAUCAUAACUUUAUUAUUCGGCACGCAACAAAUCAUCAGGAACAUAAAUCCACGACAAUCAAGCAAUAAGCGACCUUCCGACAGGUUCCAGCGCUCUUUACCAACGUUCUACCAUAGAUACAGUGUAUAAGCGGGUGUGUCUUACAUAGUUGUAGUAACCGCGUGUCUGGGUUUCACAUCCGCAUUGGACAGCAGCACCAAGGUUAAUUAAAUACAGGUUUUCUUAUUUAAAAAAAAAAAAAUUGUAUUUAGUACUUUGCGAAGUUGAGAGGCGCUAUGCUUCAGUCACUGUCCUGUAGGAGUUGCCUACGAAUGACAGACAAGAACCGGUCUACCUGGUACUUUGCUUUCCUGAUGUCUGGCUACGUGCUCUUUCUGGGACUUGGAGCCGUCGUGUUCACUGCUGUUGAGCAGCCGAAUGAGCAUUAUCUUCGUCUUGAUCUGUAUGAGCUCAAACGCCUCUUUCUGCAGCAGUACCCAUGUUUGCCUGAAAACAGACUGGAGGCGCUAUUGGCAACCGUUCUGGAAGCCAGUAAUUAUGGAGUGUCCAUACUGAACAAUGUUUCAGCGCAUUGGAACUGGGACUUCACCUCUUCGCUUUUUUUUGUCAGCACAGUGCUUUCCACUACAGGUUAUGGACAUACUGUUCCCUUAUCAGAUGGUGGAAAGAUAUUCUGUAUUUUUUAUUCUCUCAUUGGGAUACCUUUUACACUUCUGUUUUUAACAGCAUUGGUUCAACGUAUCAUUGUCUAUGUUACCCGACAACCUGUUUUGUACAUUCAUAUUCGGUGGGGAUUUUCUAAGCCUGCAGUUGCUUUGUGCCAUGCGUUCUUUUUGGGAUUCAUCACCUUCUUGUGUUUUUUUAUCAUCCCGGCAGCAGUAUUUUCUAGCAUUGAAGAAGAUUGGAAUUUUUUAGAGUCCUUUUACUUCUGCAUUAUUUCUUUAAGCACAAUUGGGCUUGGGGAUUAUGUUCCUGGAGAAGGGUAUAAUCAGAAAUUCCGUUAUCUUUACAAAUUUGGCAUCACAUGCUAUUUGUUAUUGGGCCUAGUUGCAAUGCUUAUAGUGUUGGAAACUUUCUGUGAACUGCCACAACUGACAACAUUCAGAAAAAUGUUCCAUGUGAAAAGAAAAAAACAUGAAGACCAAGAAGCCAUAGCUGAAAAUGACCAACUCACUUUUUCUUCAAUUUCAGGACAGACCGUUAUUUUAAAAGAAGAACAGAAAUUAAAUGAACCAUUUGUAACACUGCAGCCAUUUUCUAGUGAUGCUGAUAAUGGUCCUGUGAAUCAGUAGUGCAAAUUAAGACUUCUUGUUGAUGUAUACCUUAAGUUUAAAUGGACAUUUCUAAGCUCUCUAUUCGUUGCCGUUCAAGAUUGGGUGGAUUUGGAUAGGCAACACAUUUGUCAAAACGCUAUGUUAUCACAUUUGUGAAAGAUAGGCAUCGGAUGCUUUAAAACAGUUCUUUGCACCCUGACCAUUACAUUAAAAGAUAGUGUUUAUGACAAAUUAAUCUAGAAAAAGAACACAGUUUCUAUAUUGCAAAUAAAAUGUGACUCUGUUGUAUUCACUAAA